AUGACCGAUACAAAUUCGACGGCUGCUGCAGCCACCGCUGAGGCAGACCCUGAGCUGGCUUCCCUGGCACACACACUCUCCAACGCAAACCUCUCCACCCAGCCUACAACUGCUGACGACGACGAUGCCAACUCCACCUGGCCCACCCUCUCGCGUCGCGGCGCAGCGGGCGGCACGUCGUUCAAGAUCCCCGAAGGCCUCAAACGCAUGCUCGCCAACAUGUACGACCCCGUCACCAACCCGGACGGGAUCAUCAACGCCGGCAUUGCAGACAACUCGCUCUGCCGCUCCGAGCUGCUCCACUACUUUCUCGCCAAGGACCGCCUAAAGCUCUCCCACGCCGACUUGACGUAUGCCGACCGAUUCACCACGUCUACCCGCCUGCUCGAGGCCAUCUCGGACCUGUUCAACCAGCGCCAGCCCGAUUGGCCGGACAACACCGCCUCGCCGCUGCCGCUCACCAAGGUGGUGCCGGACCACAUUGCGAUUGCGAGCGGCGCGACGGGCAUCUUGGACGAGCUCUUCUGGAACAUCUGCGAUGUGGGCGAUGGAGUGCUGCUGAGCGCUCCCUACUACAAUGCGUUUGACAACGAUUUGACCAAUCGGGCUAAAGCGCAGAUCGUCGAGGUGUCCAUUCCGUUGCCCGAGGAAGGGGGUUCAGAGAACUUGGAGCUGUCUUCUUUCGCGAAGCAGACGGUGGACGCGUACGAGCAAGCUUACCAGAAGGCGACUGCGCAGGGGAUCACCGUCCGCGCGCUGCUGCUGUGCAACCCGCACAACCCCACCGGCACCAUCUACCCGCGCGAGACCGUCGUCGAGCUGGCGAAACUCGCAGGCAAGUACAAGCUGCACUUUGUCUCUGACGAGAUCUACGCGCGCUCGUGCUUCGCCACACGCGAAGUGCCGCAGCCCUCGUUGUUCCACAGCAUCCUCUCGAUCGACACAGCGAACGAGUGCGCGCUCGACCCGGCGUACGUGCACGUCGUCACGUCGGCAUCCAAGGACUUUGCCGUCAACGGCUUCCGGCUCGGCGUGCUUGUCUCGCAGCACAAUCCGGCCCUGCAGCGCGCCAUGAGCGCCAUCGGUCUGCUCUCGCAGUCUGCGUCGCCCGCCGCAUCGCUCUGGUGCACCUGGCUGCGUGACGCGCCCUUCCUGGAGUGGUACCUGCAGGAGAACCGACGUCGCCUGGCCAAGGCGUACGAACAUGCGCUCGCGUUCUUCCAGCACUACGGCAUCCCGUACUACCCGAGCAACGCCGGCUUCUUCCUGCUGAUCAACCUGCGCCGGUACGCUGGCAUCGAGCCGGGCAUGGCCGACACCGACGCACGCGCCAAGGAGGCGCAGCUGGUCGAGCGGCUCAUCGAGGGCGGCGUGCUCAUCUCCCCGGGCACCAUGUACCACCACCCGAAACCGGGCUGGUUCCGGUUCACGUUCAGCCAGGAGCCCAGCACGCUCAAGCUGGCGCUCAGGAGGCUGGAGAAGGUCAUGCGCGUGCGCGAUCCGGAGAGCUUUGAGGCCAGCAGGGACGUGCUGGAUCUGGCCCAGGGCGGCGCCAAGGUGCCCGGCAGCGAGGGUGCGGAUGCGAGCGCCAAGGGCUGGUUCAAGAAGUUGGUCGGAUAA